AUGUGGGCCCGCGCCGUCCGCUCCGUGUCCGUGUCCGUGAGCGCCGCGGGCGUCGCGCUCUGCGAGGGCGCCCCGAAGCGGCGCCUGUCGACGCCGCCGCCGCGGCGCCGCGUCACGCCCGUCGUCGACCUCGAGCGCGACGUCAUCGUACUGGAGCGGCAAAUCGCCGGCGAGCCGCUCACGCGCGUGACGCUGUCGGCCAUGGUCGACGACAUGGCGGACCCGGACCGGAAGCUCCUCCUGUUCGGCGAGCAGCACGACGACGCCGUCGCGCAGGACGUGCAGCGCGCGGUCUACGACGACCUCACGCGGCGGCGAACGGAGAAGCUCGCGCUGGCCUUGGAGUUCAUCGACGCGGACGCGCGCGACGCGGCCCGGGCCUUCUCCGACGGCUCGUCCGACGACCUCGACGAGAUCCGCGAUCGGGGCAUCGCGAACCAGGAGAAGGUCUUCAGAGUCGCGGCGACGGUGGCCUACUGCCUCCUGUUCCUCUCGCUGGUCCUCAUCGGCUCGGGCAUCCCCUACGCCGUCGUCGGCUCGCAGAUGGGCACGGCGUUCCGCUACCUGGGCAAGUCGUGCAACGUGACGGACCUCGACUACCGGGGCUCGGAGCUGUCGCUCUUCGACUCGUCGGAGCGCUACGACACGUGGAAGUACACGGUCGCCACGCGAAGCCUCGACGACGUCCCGACGACCUACGCGAGCGAGGUCAUCCGCGUGGAGCGGCCGGGCGGCGACCGCCACUCGAAGAUCCGCGCGGGCGACGUGCGCAAGUGCUGGGCGCCCCGGGGCGGCGACCGGCGCAACGACCUGCCGGGCAUCCUGUGGCACGGCUUCAACUGCGGCAACAAAUACUGCCUGAAGCUCGAGCAGCCCGCGAGGGAGGCCGCGUACGUCCGCGACCUCGGCAUCUACUUCGUCUGCUUCGGCGUCAUCGGCGUCGUCCUCGGGUGCAUGUUCGACGGCGUCGCGGCGGAGGCGCUCCAGGCCAAGGACGCGCUCUCGAACGCGACGUCGAAGAACCAGGUCCGCUGGCUCCGCCCGUCCGUGGCGUUCCGCAAGUCGUCCAUAUCGCACCGCCAGGCGUGGCAGAAACACUAG